CCGCCGGCCGUAGGCAGUGUGCAUGGCUCCAUCUGCUUAGAGGAUUGCAGAGGCUGCCAUUCCUUGUUUGAAGACAAGAUCAGUUGUGCUACUCUGUUUAGGUCUAGAGGAUGACACUUCAUAUGCUACAGAUUUCCUUAGGAGAUCACUGGGAGUGUUAAGCCUUUCUACAGCUUGUAGAGCCAACACAUAAUCAGCCAAACUGAACCAAGAGGAGAGCGAAUAUUUGAGAAGGCUCCCAGCAUCUCAUGAAUGAGCAAACGGAACUCGAUAAUGCUGGUUCUCCAGAGCCAGGUCUACGGCUCAGAAGAGGACACAUGUCUGACCCUGCAACAACACAGGCAAUCUUUGAAGAGGACAGCUCUCAACAGAGGCUUCUUUUAGAGGAGCCACCUCUGUCUUCUGAUCAGGAAAAUUGUUCUGAGGAUUGCAAACACAACGAUGAGUCACCUCAAGAAGACGAAGGGUUUAUGGGCAUGUCACCUCUUCUACAAGCCCACCAUGCUAUGGAGAGAAUGGAAGAAUUUGUGUGUAAGGUAUGGGAGGGCCGAUGGAGGGUCAUUCCCCAUGAUGUUCUGCCUGACUGGCUGAAGGACAACGACUACCUGUUGCAUGGACACAGACCACCCAUGCCUUCCUUCCGGGCUUGUUUCAAGAGUAUCUUCAGAAUACAUACAGAGACUGGUAACAUCUGGACACAUCUUCUAGGAUGUGUGUUCUUCCUCUGUCUGGGAAUCUUCUACAUGUUCCGGCCAAACAUGUCCUUUGUAGCACCUGUGCAGGAGAAAGUGGUGGUUGGAUUGUUCUUCUUGGGAGCCAUACUCUGCCUCUCCUUCUCAUGGCUCUUCCACACAGUUUAUUGCCACUCAGAAGGUGUUUCCCGGCUCUUCUCCAAGCUGGAUUAUUCUGGCAUUGCACUUCUCAUAAUGGGCAGCUUUGUACCAUGGCUGUAUUACUCCUUCUACUGCAACCCUCAGCCUUGCUUCAUCUACUUGAUUGUGAUCUGUGUCCUGGGCAUCGCAGCCAUAAUUGUCUCACAAUGGGACAUGUUUGCCACCCCUGAAUACCGGGGUGUAAGGGCAGGAGUAUUUCUAGGUCUGGGUCUUAGUGGGGUAAUUCCCACUCUGCACUUUGUCAUCUCUGAGGGGCUCCUGAAAGCAGCCACAAUGGGGCAGAUAGGCUGGCUGGCACUCAUGGCAUGCCUGUACAUCACUGGUGCUGCACUAUAUGCUGCCCGCAUCCCGGAGAGAUUCUUCCCUGGCAAGUGUGACAUCUGGUUCCACUCCCAUCAGCUGUUCCACGUCUUUGUAGUGGCUGGCGCCUUUGUGCACUUCCACGGAGUCUCGAACCUCCAGGAGUUCCGUUUCACAGUGGGAGGAGGCUGCACAGAGGAGGAUGGGAUGCAGUAGAACCAGCCUUCAGCCCGAGGCCGUAACCAAAACAGCCGCUGGCGCGGCGAAGCAUACAGGCUAGCAAAAGGAAUACCUAAGAAGAGUCCACGUUUCAGCUGAUGAGGCAUGGAGCUUCAUGGGGAUUCUGACUAACCAAGAUAAAAUUCUAUACCUCAAGCAAUGGAAUAAAUCAAUUUGAAGACCAGGAAAUUCUGAAACCCUAAUUUGUUCUUGGGAUCUACAGAUUGAGCUACAGAGGACCCUUUCCAAAUCGGCUUCUGUUCAUUGCCAUAUUUAUUUGUAGGAUUGGGGAGGGAUAGCUUAGCAGUUUCCGGUUUUUUUUAAAAAAAAAAAGAAAAAAAAAUCAAGGUUAAAUUUAUAUCCUCUUGAAGGGUUCGGG